GAACGAGGGGGCAAUUUGCACAAAACCAAGUAACAUGACACCCGACGCCCUACGUCACCACCGUUACCAAUUGGCCUUUCUGCCGCCCAAUCAUCCGAUCGGUUAGGACCCCAGUUUCGCAGCGUCCAAGCGACUGAUGAUACGACCGCAUUGCGCAACGUCAAGCCGCAAGAUAGAGAUGCUUGUUCGAGAUCUGAUCUAGGGAAUAUUGAGGACCACCGAAAUAUGCGACCGUCCCUUUUGCCUUUCGUUGCUCUCAGUGCUACCGUUUCGGCUCAACUUCUCGUGCCCCUCCUAAGGAACCCGUCAACGCCGCACCCGUUUGGUCGCGACCAAGCGCCCCUCAUGGACCCCGCUGGUCCCGGACCGGCGAUGCCUCCGUCGGGAUCCUCUCCUGCUGAGCCGCCUGCCAGUGCUGGGGGAGGUGUUGUGCUGUCCGAUGUGAUGGGCCGCGAUAGGAGCAUCAACUUAUUUGCAGGAUUCGUACGAGACAUCGAAUCCGCCGCCCGCCGCCUGGAAGACCCCUCCCACAACACAACAGUGCUCGCUCCACUCAACUCGGCCGUCGAGAAGCUCCCUAGGAAACCGUGGGAGGAUCCACGAGAAUACGGCGCGCUCGGCCCCAACGCGUACGAGGGCGGGGACGGCCACGAGAGAGCUCAGCGUAAUCUGCGCCGGUUCGUGGAGGCCCACCUAGUACCUGCGAGUCCCUGGCAAGAAGGCCAGAAGAUUAAGACAGUGGGUGGUGAUCGGGAUAUCUGGUGGGAAGAAAAGGACGGAACACGCCUGAUUCAACCGGGUUCGAUAGAGAUCGUCAGCGUCGCGGGGAAUGUUGAAAACGGUCAAGUGUGGAUCAUCAAAAACGUGCGCAAUUAUUCCGAGUAAAUGGAAUGAUACCGGCGAAUUUAUUUGUAUGGGGAGAUGGCUAGAACGACACCAACAUUUUUGAGAUCGUGAGGGUGGCGCGAGAUGAGAACGCUGUCAGGAUGUUAUGAUUAAUGGCUCGAGGGAUAAAAUAGGAUGAAUGAUGAUGAUGACGAGCGUCUGGAAUUCAGUAGCGGUAAAUUCAAAGAUA